CAAGAAGCUCAAUCUUGAUCCAUGAUGGGAUUUCCUUUGUACCAAAGAAAUCAAAAUACAUGACACCAGAAGAAUUAUCAAGAGAAGUUCCUGAAAUUUCCAAGGAAACUGAUGAAGAAGAGGAAGAAGAAAAUGAUGAAGAGGAAGAAGAGGAGGAGAGUUCAAGUAAAAAUACUAGCUAUGGAUAUCAUAUGGUUAGAGGUAAAAUGGAGCAUGGUAUGGAAGAUUAUGUAGUAGCAGAAAGAAGAAAAAUCAAUGGCCAUGAUUUAGGUUUAUAUGCAAUUUUUGAUGGUCAUUCUGGUCGUGAUGUUGCUAAGUACUUGCAAUCCAAGCUAUUUGAUAACAUUUUGAGUGAGUCUGAGUUUUGGAACAACCCGAAAUCCGCGAUAAGGAAAGCAUACAAGAUUACUGAUGAGGAGAUUCUGGAUGGAGUAGUUGGUUCAAGAGGAGGCUCAACAGCAGUCACUGCAAUUCUGAUAGACCAGGAAAAGCUCAUUGUAGCCAAUGUUGGCGAUUCGCGGGCAGUUUUGUGUAGAAAUGGUACGGCUAGGCAGUUAUCGGUUGAUCAUGAGCCCCAGAAGGAGAAAGAGGUUGUUGAGAGCAGAGGAGGAUUCGUGUCCGAAAGACCAGGAAAUGUUCCGCGAGUGGACGGACAAUUGGCGAUGACAAGGGCAUUUGGAGAUGGGAAGCUAAAAGAACAUAUUUCUUCGGAACCUGAUGUGAUAACAAAAGCUAUCGACGAAGAUUCUGAAUUCCUGAUUCUGGCAAGUGAUGGCCUGUGGAAGGUGAUGUCGAAUGAAGAAGCUUAUGAUUGCAUCAGAGAGUUGGAAGAUUCUCAAGAAGCAGCAGAGAAGUUGAUAGCAGAGGCAUUAGCCAGAGGAAGCAUGGAUGACAUCUCAUGCAUAGUUGUCACUUUUAAAUGAAUGCUCCCACAAAUAGAGAGUUUAAGAUAGAUUUUAAACUUCCUUUUUCAGUACAAGGAACAAUGUGUUUAUACUUCCCUUUUCAAGCUUUGUUGCGAUAAAAUGAUCACAUAUAUAUAAAUUGCU